CUGGUCGACUCCUGCUGCGGGUUGCGGGUGCUGGUGCUGCUCUGAGAGAGAGAGAGAGAGAGAGUCGGACGAGGGUGAGCGAGGGUACCACUCUUUUCCAUUCGCCUCUCUUCCUCUCUGGCUCUGCUGGUCUCUCCCUUGGUCUCCGUUUUCCUCUCCUCCUUCUCUCCUUCUGGUGCCGUGUGUGCAUUUUUCGCUCUUUCGAGGUGGAAUUGCUACUCAUCGUCUGGAACGUUGAAUCUCGCGAGAUCGAAAGAACAGAAACAACACAGAGUCGCUCAUUGCACUAUCCUCUUCGAUUCCUAGACGCGGCAAUUUGCCCAUCUUCUCCCUCUUCCACCGAAAUUCCCGACCCGACCGACACGAGCUGCAGUAAUAGCCCGAGAGCGAUACGACAUAUCCACGACACACUCACACACACACACAAACGAAUCCGACCAACAACUGCGAGCCACCCGCUUGGCCACACCCAAAACCUGCGACACCACGGCCUUCAGGACUCGGGAGAACUAACAGCUUCUUGUUUCCCUUCUACCCAACUGUCCGACCUUUUUUGUCCUGGCCUUCUUGUUUGUCUGGAACUAGCCGUCUGUCGAGAAACACCAGAAACUUUGUUCUGCAGAUCAAACUCCGAGACAAGGGAACCACUUCCCGUCCACCUCGACCUCGACGGCUCAGUCUUUUCCUCCCUUUGGAUCCCCGCUCGAUUUUUAUCUUCGCCUUCCCGUCGCGCGAGCUAAGGACCAGCCGACCGGACUCACUUCGACAUCUCGACCGUUUGGAAGCCUCGAGGGCGCUGGCUGUUGCGUUUGGAUUGUUGGACCAUUGCUGAGUAGACCAUCUGCCAGCAGUCAUCUCACCGUCUGCGUCGGACCAUCUUUUUUUCAUUGUGAGGAACCGCAUCAAAACCCAACGAUUCUACAGGCAUUUUAACGAUAUGCUGUAGACCACACGCAAUCCACCCACUCAACCCCGAAAACCCAGUUUACCUCGACGACAACAUCAACCAUUCAUAAAAAACACAGCACAGGGCACGAUCACGAUGAAGCUCCCCGAGCCCAAAGUCGCUUUGGACAACAUCUGUUCGGUCAUUUACAACAACGUUCUUUACACAUAUUCCUCCGGUGCUUUCCAGUCGCUUUCGCUCGAAGAAGGAGCCCAAUGGAAGACCUUGGCGCAGGGUGAGGCAGUGACAGGUGCUGUCUGCGUUGGCUCCAACCCCACCGAUGCUAGCAAGGCCGGCUUGUACAUUGUAGGAGGCAAGGGCACGUCAACAGAUUAUCACGGACUUCAAAAGUUCACCUACGCGACAGGGAAAUGGGAGUCCAUCUCACCACAGGACCACGUCACACAGGACCGUCUUCUCCACGGAGCAACAUAUCUCCCUGGAACUGACCAGAUUAUCAUGUACGGUGGCAGUCAGGAUGGUUACUCUGGCCCUUCGACGCAGACUUUUGUUGUCGGAGCAUCCGCGCCUUACAGCACCCGAGCCUACGAAUCGUCAGCACCGCCUGUCGUAAAUCCCAUUGUCCUGACAUGGUCCGACACACAAGCGGUUGUCAUUGGAGGUAGCACGACAAACAGCAAGGUUAUGCUCUUCAACCCCGAUACGAAAUGGACCGACUCGGGUGCCACCCUCGGAGAACCCUUGCUGAAGGACACGACUGCGAUUCGCGCAAUUAUCAUGAACGGAGACGACGGAAGCAAGAGUUUGUACACGUUUGACCUUUCCGUUGCGCCAAACGUGGUCAAGCGCAUGGUCCUCAUCGACGCGGCGGGCGCACCUGUGACCAACUCCCAGGCAGUCUCAAAGGCGAAGGCGCGCAGCGUGGAGGGCGAGAUUGAGAAGCGCGUAUCUUUGACCCUGAGCGACUGGCCCGCUUACAACAACACCCUGGCGCCUACAGGCACGCGAUCCAACUACGCUCUUGCUCAGGGUUCUGAUGGAACCGUCGUUUUCUCAGGAGGAUCAGGUGCCGUCGACGAUGUUCUCUGCAUCUUUAACGCGCGCCAAAACAGCUGGGAAGAUGCUGCCCAAAAGUUGAACGAGCAGGAGGUUCUCGCUACAAGCGAAUCGACGAGCAGCACCACUGCGAGCUCAACCGCAACGAGCUCCAGCUCCAAAUCUAGCACUUCGGCCAGCUCCAUCUCUACACUUCCUGCGUCGGCGUCAGCCUCUGCCUCUGCCUCUGCCGCCGCGACUCUCUCCGCCUCUGCAUCUUCAUCUGCCAGCACCGAGACAGCUGCUGCUGCUGGGGCCCCCGCCGCAGUCAGUGCUAACGCUAUACUUGGCAUUGUCCUUGGUACCAUUACCGGUAUCAUGAUCCUCCUCGGCCUGAUCCUCUUCUGCAUCCGAAAGCGUCGUGGAAAGAACCAGCAAAACGUAGAAGGUGGGCAGGACCCGAGGGGCAUGAGCCCUAGGGGCUUCCCCGAUGAGAAGGCUGGACUUGGAUACGGCAACGACGAUUUCAACUCUGCUCCUCACUUCCGUGGCCAUCAGCAACAAGACUCGGCCGGAUCAUUCUCCUCCAUGGCGAUUUUGAUGGGCAAGGUCAACGGCAACGCACCCAAGUCUGCCGGUGUUGCUCGCAGUGGAAGCAAGCGUGAUACAUCCAACAGCCUCUUCAAGAGCACCAUCGGCAAGCCCCUUCCCCAGAUGAACGAGGCACCGGGCCUCGCACCCCCUUCCCGCGAUGAAAAGGGUGUUUCGUUCGCCGCCGACGUGGUCGAGCCUCGUCCUACCCCGAGAGGAGCUCCCGUCGGUCGUGCUGGCGAGACGCGCAGAAGCUCUGGCUGGAACCGUUACUGGUCUGGCGGCAGCGCGCUCAACAUUCUCGGAUUCGGCAACUCUAAGCGUACAACCGUCGAUUCCGAGACAUCUCACUACUCCAACACUCCCAAGAACCGCAUCACGCAAGACUCCGCUACCGUCCCUCCUCUGCACCUCAUUACCCAGGACUUGUCCACUGUUCCGCCUAUUCAGCACGAUGGCCGGCCAGAACUGAGCCGUGUCGUCUCUGGCAGCCCGACGGUGUCAAACUACUCGAACCAGAUUCCCUUCCGCGAUGGAGUCUCUGGCAAGAUCGAAUCCCCCCGAAGACCCACGUCGAACGCAUCUUCAGGGUACUCGAGCGGAAUCCCCGAGAGUGUUCGGGACACAUGGGAUCCUACCGGCCCCUCAAGGCCCUGGGGAGCGGACCGCGCUCCAAGCAGUGUUUAUGCCGAGAGCCUUUACCCUACGUCGCUAGCUCCAAGCCUCCCGCAAAGGCAAACGCAGACCAGUGCUCCCAACGGUGUUAGCCAACAGCCGCCCCUCGCCCUGGCAGCCACCUCUUCAGACAUGAGCUGGUUGAACCUUGGCGAGAUCAACAAGCAAAACCGUCUCUAGGUUCAAUCGACAAAAUGCCUUGAAGCCAUGGCGGUGAUGAGUCACUAAUGGCCAUUGUGCGACACCUGCGAGCUCCGCUCACGUCCAUGGCGCUUCACGACACUCAAAAUCAUGAUCCGUCCUUUUUUAUACCCAGGUCUUUUUCGGAGCAUCGUUUUCGGCGGGGGCCUCUGCAUUCCAGCAUAGACGGCUUAGAGCACUCAAAAGUCCACUCGUUACAUCCCUCACACUUAUCACCAAAUCUCUCUCGCUACACACUCACAAACACGCACACCCACGUACUAUCCCGCGCAAACUCACUCUCGAUCCAUCUCACUACCCGACGCGCACACUAUUUUCAUUAACCCAAAACACCUCAUACGACCGCAGACAUGGCAUGUCUCCCGGGCGGCGUAAUUACCUUCAUCCGCUCGUGAACAUGGUUCUCCCUUAUCUCACGCUGUCUUCCAUUCUCUCAAAGCUCUCUCCUUUUCCUUUUCCAUUCUCAGCAUCAUCUCUUCUGUACAUUCCUCUUUUAGAGCGAGACCCGGGACAGGUCGUUCCCUUCGCAGUCAGUCAUUUCCGUGAUACCAAUAUCGCAGAGAACUCAAACACCAACAACACAACGCGUAUGCCACGCUGUCUGGGUUGAAUAUGUAAUUAUCAAUUUUUUGUUUACCAUAUCCAAAGGGGGUUUAGGGGAGGCAUUUCCAGGGUGUUGAUGGGUUGUCGAACCAGGAGGGCAACUUGGUGAAAUUUUGGCAGUGGUGGUUGUCUCUUCUUUUUCUGUUCUCCAGUUGUCGCCAUUUCCCAUGUUUCCCUUUUUUCCAUGCAGAGGGGAUUGGUGGCUGAUGAAUGGGAAACGGAAAAGAGCAGAAUCAAGGAGCAAUGGAAGGCGAC